AGAGCUGCAGGAGACAGGAGAGGAGGGAGGAGGAGAGGGAUGAAGAGCGUCGUUGCCAAAAGGAGCCUCGCCUCAAGAUCGGCACGGCGCUGCCAGGCUGCGAGGGGGCGGACAGAGGUCCAGCGCCGCCUCGCACGACAGGCGAAACGAUACACAUGCUGAAGUGGCGCCCUGUCGUCGCUGGGCCUUCGCAGAACGCGCUGCAAAAGCUCAUAUGGACCUGGCGCGUAACAAAAACCACACGCGUGAUUCUCGAUUCCAUCGCUCUCACGCCAGAGGCGAGACAAGCAGGACAAGACAGCGGCACGUGGCCCUCUGAACUCGUCCACGGAGCGGCCCCUAGAAUCUGGCCUGAUCGACAUAAUCAAACCGCUCCAGAACGGCCCCGCCAUGGGCGUGACAGAGCAUCGCCCGCCAAGCAGUCGCCAUGA